AUGGCGACUAGUAGCUUUUCGAGUAAUGAGAUCGAACAGCUUCAAAAAGGUUGUUACUAUGAGUGGAUGAGUCUACAAGCUAAACACAUAGUUGAUCUCAAAGAAGCACUCACGAGUCAACGAUCCAACAAAAACGAUCGCAAACUCAGAGAAGUCGUUGAUAAAAUCGUCAACGACUUCCAAAAGUACACCGAAAGAAGAUCGGAGCUCUCCCACCGAGCCUGCUCAAGCUACUUUGCACCGUCGUGGAACUCUUCUCUAGAGAACGGUCUGCUCUGGAUGGGAGGGUGUCGUCCUUCAUCUUUCAUCAGAAUUAUUUACGCUAUGUGUGGAUCUCAGACCGAAACCCAGCUGAUUCAGUAUCUUCUCAAGAUCGAUGAGAACGUCCAUGAAAGCCAUGGCGAUGGCUCCAUGAGUGCGCUUACCUCAACGCAGCUCGGGCAAAUCAAUGAGUUACAUAUGAAGGUGAUAAAGAAAGAGGAUGAUGUGUCGAAGAAAGCUGCGAAUUUGCAAGAAGAUGUAGCGGAUAUGCCUAUUUCCGUCACGGCUUACGCCACGGAUUCGGUGGAGGCCGGCGUGGUGGUGGAGGAUGCUUUGGACAAGUAUGAGGAGUGUUUGUCGCUUUUAAUGGCGGAAGCUGAUGAGCUGAGGUUCAAGACUCUCAGGAAGAUCGUGGAGGUUAUGACUCCGGUUCAAGCGGCGGAGUUUCUGCUUGCCGACAAAAGAUUACACGUGUCGUUGCACGAGUGGGGAAGAGUUAGGGAAGAGCGUGGUCUUGGGUGUGGGUGUGGGUGUGCACGUGCCCGCGGUUGA